AUGUCGGAAGUGACUCACGUACAUGUUUGCUCGCUAAGCACAUCUGCUCUCUCUCGUAUUCAGAAAAACAUCGAUAACCUCAGUAGCGAUGAUAAGAAAGACAUUAAACACCGCUUAAUGUGGCUUAAAGUUGCAAUUAAAUACAAUAUUCAAGAACAAACCCAAUAUAUUUACAACCAUUGUGGAAUGAAAGGAAAAGAUCCUAAAUUCCGUGCAAUUAGAAUGGCUCCUUUCUAUCAUCAAUGGAAGAGGCAAUGUACUCGCGAUGAUUGGAAUGAUCUUCUUGUCAGAUUAACACAUAAGAACGCUCUUGUUAGCAUUAGAGAAACAAUGGGCGAGUUGCACCGCGGUAGAUCAGAAAUUGCAGCACGUAAUUUUGCCAAAAGUUCUGUUGCUAACUUUUGCCCACUUAUUAGUCUUAUUUCUUCAAAGAACGACGAUAACUGCGAUUUAGCAAUGAAAAAGCUCGAUAAUCUUAUUUCUUACGAAAAUCCAAUUACUUGCCGCCCAGGAUAUAAUAAUCGCGGUAUAGAGUUCUUAGCAACUGAUGCUGUUCGCACACUUUCUACAGUUCCUCCAACAACAGAUGAAUAA